AUGCGAUGGAUUGAUGGCAGAAUACAAAUAGAUCAGAACAUAACGUCACAAAAUGCAACGUUACAACUUCACCAUUGCCCGCCACAUUUUGAUGGGAUACUUUGCUGGUCGUAUACCGAAGCCUCGACCAUCGCCAUUCUACCUUGUCCUCCUGAAAAUGGCCUGAUAUAUCAGUUAAAUCCCGCAGCGAAUAAUUUGGAGUCGAAUGUUCGCGUUAUAGCGAUGGCCACGAAAGCUUGUCUUCCAAAUGGUCAAUGGUACACAAAUUACGACAAUAUUCCCGGCAGUAAUUACAGUUUAUGCGAGUUGUCCGAUGAAUUCACUACUCGUUACCUCAUGGAGACCAUCCUGGAAAUAGACGAGAUGACCGAUCCUCGAGACUACAGGAACUUUGAAUCUUUUCUGUUGGCUAAAUGGCUGCCUAUCGUCAGGCUCGUCUCUCAAAUCGGCUAUACCACAUCUUUCACUAUGCUGGUUAUCGCGAUGAUCAUUUUCUCUCUACUCAGAAAACUCAGAAAUCCCAGGAACAGGCUUCACAUGCAUCUGUUCGCUUCUUUCAUAAUGAGGGCGUUCAUGGCACUGAUCAGAGAUUGGAUCUUCGUCGAUGGCAUUAGACGAACAGUGGACGUUGUUUAUCUGGACGAGAAAAACGCUUUUAUCAAGCAACGAAACUUUCAGACAAUGAUUUGUAAAGGUAUCACCAGUGUGUGGCAGUAUUUCAUCGUUGCUAAUUAUUCUUGGAUCCUGAUGGAGGGUUUGUACCUGCAUAAUCUGGUCGUUUGGGCGUUUUGUGCGGAUAGUUCAGCCAUUAAUUUGUAUAUUUUACUGGGCUGGGGAUUACCUGUUUUCGUGGUUGUUCCUUGGGUAAUAAUACGAGCCACGAUCGAAGACACAUUUUGCUGGACCACUCACCAAAAUCCUUCUUUAUUUCUUCUUAUAAGGAUCCCCAUCGUAAUAUCGAUUUUGUUCAACUUUCUGCUGUUCCUCAACAUUGUACGUGUCCUGUUCAUCAAAUUCAAGACGUCCGUACAUUUGCAACGGAAAAAAAUGCAGUACAGUAGGUGGGCCAAAUCUACUUUGGUGUUGGUACCCCUGUUUGGUGCUCACUAUACUCUAUUUCUUGGGCUCUCCUAUCACAAGGAUAACCGCGUGGAACUGGUCUGGCUCUUCUUCGAUCAAUUCUUCGCCUCGUUCCAAGGUUCUUUCGUGGCACUGCUUUACUGUCUGCUGAACAUCGAAGUUAGAACGGAAAUAAAACGAGCUUGGAGGAUAAGAUGGUCGAAAAAAGCGAACCUCUGCUUGUCAGCGUCUCGAGAAUCGAGAAGAAGAAAAUCUACUCGUCAAUGCAGACAAUCGAACGAUUAUGAUCAUCCAACAGUCUCUGGUACCACUGCGAGAAAUGCAUUACGAUCGAAUGAUUAUUGGCCGAAUAUGCUAGAAAUAGAGACAAGAUAGAAACAGCUUUAAAAAGAAACACUUUUAUAUCCGCUAAUUUUGUAUCUUUAUAUCCAGCUUUUUUGUGUAUUUUAUUCGUUUUUAAAUCUUCGGUAGAUCGAGGUUCUUCUAUGUAUAAUAAUUAAUCUCGUAUUAUAGUAUAAUUAUAAAUUUUACAAUCGGGCAUAUUUUGAUUCUUUUCUAUUUUUGUAAUUAAUAAUGCGUAGCCUUUAGCUUUAUAUACUUUUAUGUCACUUCAUUACAAUCAGAAAAUCUUAUCGUUUAAAGAAAAUUUCAAUGUAAUAUUUUUAACGUUGAGGAGUAUGUAUUGUACAACUAUGAUAUAUUUUAUGUAAUUGGUAAUACAAUGAAAAUAAUUAUUCCUAUCAUUGGUAUAG